UUCCUUUUUCACAUAGUAAAAAGUAUAAAUUACUAUAAAAUUAUGUAAAAUAAUAUGUGAUUUUAAUAAAUACUGUCAAACCGAUAAAAAAAAUAAUAGAAAACUUAUAAACAAGUGUAAAAGUGAACAGUUACAUAAAAAAACGCUGUAAAAUUGGGAACGUUUACGGGUCAUUAGUGUGUAAACCCAGUAAUGAAACGUUCUUGAAUGAAAUAUUUUUUUUAUUUUUGGGACAUAGUAAAUUAUAUUUCGUUUGUAAGACAUGGUUUUUAAAAUUUAUUGUAUUUUAUACAAUCCAAUCAAUGUUUUUGGACAUAAUAAGUGAUUAUAAAUUAAUUGAUAUGUCAUUGCUUUGUUUUAAGAGCAGGAAGUUUACAUCAAAAAGUGCGACUGCGCACUGGCCAAAUUAGUAGGUAGUGUGAAAGAAAAUGGCGAUCAGCGAAAGGCGUCCGGAGUUAACGUGAUGAAAAACAUUGUUAAAAGCUCAAUUACAUAGUGUUAUAGUUAUUAAUUGUGUCAGAUGUAGAUUAAUUAAGUGUUAAUGAAUAGUGAUUGUGUAUAAAAAUGGCUGCGAAUAUGUACAGAGUCGGCGACUGCGUCUAUUUCGAGACGUCGUCGACGUCUCCGUACCAAAUCCGGCGGAUAGAAGAACUAAAUAAAACAGCCUCCGGCAACGUGGAGGCUAAGGUCAUGUGCUUUUACAGGCGGCGGGACCUGCCCAACCCCCUUAUACAGUUAGCAGAUAAGCAUCAAAUGGCCCAGUCAGAAGACUCACCGGUUGCAAUGAAACUCAAAAAAAUAUGCCUUAAAACGCCUAUAGGCGAGGAACAGGCGGCACAAGCUGUAUUAGACCCUGCGAUAGUGGCAAUGGAGGAGGAAUCUAGUGAGUUGCCCGGCGGCGACGGGCUGGCGCCGAAGCAGCGGCACCAAGCAAAGCACCGCGAGCUGUUCCUCUCGCGGCACGUGGAGACGCUGCCGGCCACGCACAUCCGCGGCAAGUGCAGCGUCACGCUGCUCAACGAGACCGAGUCGCUGCUCAGCUAUCUCAAUAAGGAUGACGCAUUUUUUUAUUGUUUAGUAUUUGAUCCUUCACAAAAGACUUUAUUAGCAGAUAAGGGUGAAAUCAGAGUUGGAAGUAGAUAUCAGACUGAAGUAACUAAUUUAUUAAAAGAAGGCGAGGAGGACGGUCGCAGCGGCACCGAACUAGAAACGCUAGUGUGGACGCCGCAGCACGGUCUGACGGACCGGCAGAUCGACCAGUUCCUCGUGGUGUCGCGCUCGGUGGGCACGUUCGCGCGCGCGCUCGACUGCUCCUCCAGUGUGAAGCAGCCCUCGCUGCACAUGUCCGCAGCAGCCGCCAGCCGGGACAUCACCCUCUUCCACGCAAUGGACACGCUGCACGCGAGCGGGUACAGCAUAGAGACAGCAUUAUCCUCGCUAGUGCCAGCCUCCGGGCCGGUGCUGUGCCGCGACGAGAUGGAGGAGUGGUCGGCCUCAGAGGCGAACCUCUUUGAGGAGGCGCUCGACAAGUACGGCAAAGACUUUGCUGAUAUACGGCAGGACUUUUUGCCAUGGAAGACGCUAAAGAACCUGGUGGAGUACUACUACAUGUGGAAGACGACGGACCGCUACGUGCAGCAGAAGCGCGUCAAGGCGGUCGAGGCGGAGUCCAAGCUGAAGCAAGUGUACAUUCCCAACUACAACAAGCCGAACCCGGCGCUGAUCACGAGCACCAACGGCGGCACGAACGGCAAGGGCGCGGUGCUCAACGGCGGCACCAACGGCACCGCCGCCAUCGCGCCCUCCGUGUGCGCCUCGUGUCAAGUUUCAAACUCAAACCAGUGGUACGCGUGGGGACCGCAGCAUUUACAGUACAGAUUGUGCGGCUCCUGCUGGCAGUAUUGGAAGAAAUACGGAGGACUUAAGACGGCGGGCGUGUUCGGGGAAAGCGAGCCGGAACCGGCGCGGGCGCGCGGCGAGGGCGAGGAGGGCGCGCUGUCCGCCUCGCACCGCCCGCACCGAUGCACUGUGCUCAACUGCGCUAAGGAGUUCAAGCUGCGCGCGCACCUGGCGCGGCACGUGGCGACGGCGCACGGCGGCUGCGAGGGCGCGCGGCCGGUGAUGAAGACGCGCGCGGCGUUCUACCUGCGCGCCUCGCCCUUCACGCGCCUCGCGCGCCGCCUCGUGCGCGCGCUGCGCCGCCCCAGGCACUUCGCGCGCUCGCCCUUCUCGCCCAUCAACCUGCACCAGGUCAAACACGAGUGCACGCUAGCGAUGGCGGGCGGUGCGGGCGGUGCGGGCGCGGGCGCGGCCCCGCAGGGCGCGGCGCGCGCGCGCGGGCCGGUGGGCGCGGUGGCCACGCGGCUGGCGCAGGCGCACGGCUCGCCCGCGCCGCGCGCGCAGGACUGGCUCACGCUCACGCCCAAGGACAAGAUGCCCGCGCCGCACCACGUCGCCUUCCCCAAGCCGCCCAAGGCGCCCGACGGCAGCCUGAUGUACGAGCGCGUGGUGUCCCGCGCGGAGCUGGAAGCAGCUCGCGCCGCGGCCGCGCCCGCGCCCGCCGCACCGCUCGCGCUCAAGCGGCGCGCCUUUGAUGACAUUAACGGACUCGACACAACAGGAGGAGCAGCAGUCCCUCCGGCCAAGCGGCCCAACAAGCACCCGGCGCCGAUGCAGCGGCCCUCGCGCGAGCAGUACGCCGCCAUGUGUGCGCGCGCGCAGGCCACCGGCCAGCCGCUGCCCGCGCACGUGUUCGCGCACGUGAACGGCAAGCCCACGAGCCUGUCGGGGCGCGGCGGCCGGCGACACGUCAUCUCGUGGAUGGACGCGCCCGACGACCUGUACUACCGCGCUACCGACACCCACAAGGCCCUGCGGCGCGCGCUGAGCUGCGGCGAGCUGCGGCGCGGCGCGCGGGCCCCGUGGCGGGCGAUGCGGGCGCCGGGCGGGGCGGCCCUGGGCGCCGCGCCCCGGGCUGCGCCCCUGAAGCCCGCGCCCGCGCCGGCGCCCCCGCUGCAGCUGGUGAUCCUGGACUGA